AUGGCUGGUAUUACUCGAGAUGGCCGUGACGGGCAUACGUUUGAAUGCUGUUCUCAGAAGGACGAAGAGAUCAGUAGACUCGAAGCAGAACUCAAGACGACCAAAUACUACAUAGACACUCUGGAGGAGGAUCUUCAAGACACAAGAGAUAAUUGCGAAAAGCUCAAAACGCAAAAUCAUAGCCUAAACUCAAAGGUCAUAUGUCAAGAAAAAGAAAUCAAACAGGCGGAUUUGUAUACGAAAGCUUGUGAGUCUGCGUUCUGCGAAGAACAGGAUGCCCAUGAAAAGCUCAAGAUAUCAUCUGAGAAAAGUAAUCAGGAUGCGAUCGAGCAGAUUGCAUUUGAGCGUGGCAAACGAGAAGAGAUGGAGAGAAUAAAUGAUACUUUACGAGAACAAUUAUCAGAUACGGGCGAUCGAAACGAAAGACUAGAAGCAGAUCUUUCAAAUUUACAAAAAGAGAAGGAAGUGCUGGUAGAAGCUCUCCGGAAAGUAUCCGGCCCCAGUCCGUUCGUUCCACACACCCCGACAAUCGGAUUCAACAACUUGCAGGCUGGCUCGUCUGGUGAUGAAAUAGCUAUCAAUGAUAACAAAGAUCCGUCAUCAAACUCGACGACACAGAUAAUGUUCGCUAGCCCUCCAGACUGCGUGGCUGGAACGAACGUGAGUCGAUUCGACCAGAAUGACUACGCUAUAGGAAAACGAAGGAUUGAGCUCCCAAACAAAGCAGAACAAACACUAGAAGCUACGCACUAUACUCGAAAAAAGCAAAUGAUAAAAGACUCAAGAACAUCUCUACCCCUAAAACCGGAGCAUACUGGAAAUGAAGAGCCUAAAUUUGCGUUUGUUUAUCCGCCUCCUGCACCUAGAGAAGCUCAUGUUUCUGGACAUGCAGAUGGUCAGCAAACUUUGCGAGAACCAUCUGAUACAGCAAGAGACAAUCUAUGA